AUGAGUUCAAGUUCAUACCGAGAUUCAUAUUUUCAAUGCCACCAUUUGUCUGCUCCCCAUCACAUACUAUAUGCAGAAUGGAACCAGGAUAUACUGGCACUUCCAGAUGAAACUGGAAAUGUUGCAAUGGCUAUAGAUGAUAAUACUCGUAGCGACGCGGGAGAUGGAAGACCUGGCCAAGAGGGAGAAAGAAACCCCAAUGUACGCGAGGGCAGCCAAGGCAAAGCGUUAAUGACAAGUGAACAAAAGAGCAACCGCUAUUGGAACUCUUUUCAUGACGAAGACGAUUGGAACCUAUUUAAUGGUAUGGAGCUCGAGAGUAACGGGGUGGUGACAUUCACUGGACGUACAUUCGAUCAUGCUAUAAACGGGGGAGCCAAUUCCAGGAACGACAAUGCCAAUGAGCCAAGAAAAGAAACGUUAACUGGCUCUAUUUUUGAUAGGCGCAUCACACAACUAGCGUACGCAAGAAAUAACGGUUGGCAAGAAUUGGCUCUCCCAUAG